GCUGCUCUGCGGCCCCUCCCGCGCCAUGGAGAGCCAGGCGCUGGUGAUCCGCAUCAAGAUCCCCGACGGUGGGGCCGUCGACUGGACCGUGCAUUCGGCGCCUCAGCUGCUCUUCAGGGACGUGCUGGAUGUCAUCGGUCAAGUUCUGCCAGAUGCAACGACAACAGCAUUUGAGUAUGAAGAUGAGGACGGUGACCGGAUUACUGUUAGAAGCGAUGAAGAAAUGAAAGCCAUGCUGUCCUAUUAUUACUCCACUAUAAUGGAACAGCAAGUAAAUGGACAGUUAAUAGAGCCUCUACAGAUAUAUCCAAGAGCCUGCAAACCUCCCGGGAAACGGAACAUACAUGGCCUGAAGGUAAAUACUCGAGCAGGGGCUGCUAAUAAUAGCAGCUCGGCCGUCUCGGAUUCCCUUCCAAGCAAUAGCUUAAAAAAGUCUUCUGCAGAGCUGAAGAAAAUACUUGCAAAUGGCCAGAUGAAUGAACAAGACAUACGGUAUCGAGACAUCCUCGGUCAUGGCAAUGGAGGCACAGUCUACAAGGCAUAUCAUGUCCCUAGUGGAAAAAUACUAGCAGUAAAGGUCAUACCCUUAGAUAUAACACUGGAACUCCAGAAGCAGAUAAUGUCGGAGUUAGAAAUUCUUUACAAGUGUGACUCAUCAUAUAUCAUAGGAUUUUAUGGUGCUUUUUUUGUAGAAAACAGAAUUUCCCUGUGCACAGAGUUCAUGGAUGGGGGUUCUUUGGAUGUUUAUAGAAAAAUUCCAGAACAUGUACUUGGACGAAUAGCAGUAGCUGUUGUGAAAGGCCUUACCUAUUUAUGGAGUCUAAAGAUUCUGCACAGAGAUGUGAAGCCGUCUAAUAUGCUGGUGAACACACGAGGCCAGGUGAAGCUGUGUGACUUUGGGGUCAGCACACAGCUGGUGAAUUCUAUAGCCAAGACGUAUGUUGGAACAAAUGCUUAUAUGGCGCCUGAGCGGAUUUCAGGAGAACAGUAUGGAAUUCACUCGGAUGUUUGGAGUCUAGGGAUUUCCUUCAUGGAGCUUGCUCUUGGGAGGUUUCCAUAUCCUCAGAUUCAGAAAAACCAGGGAUCUUUAAUGCCUCUCCAGUUAUUGCAGUGCAUUGUUGAUGAGGAAUCACCCGUCCUUCCAGCCGGGGAGUUCUCUGAGCCAUUUGUACACUUCAUCACUCAAUGCAUGAAAAAGCAACCAAAGGAAAGGCCAGCACCUGAAGAUUUAAUGGGCCACCCUUUCAUUGUGCAGUACAACGAUGGGAAUGCAGAAGUCGUGUCCAUGUGGGUGUGCAGGAUGCUUGAGGAGCGGCGAUCAACCCAAGGACCACAGUGA